AUGAUAUAAUAGAUUAAAUAUUACAACACAUUAGAAGAAUUUUUAAACUCUCCACUUUAGUCUCAUUAGGUUCUCCAUAUUAAUAUGAUUACUAAAAAAAUUGGUGAAAAAGGUGCUUCAGACUUAAGUUCAGCUUUAGUAAAUUGUACUAAUCUCUCAGAUUUAACACUUGACCUGAGUUCCAAUUAAAUUGGAGCAACUGGUGUUUCAGGCUUAUGUAAUGCUUUAUCAAAUUCUUCUAAUCUUUCGAAUUUGAAACUUUUACUUUGUUAAAAUUAUAUUGGUGCAAUUGGUGCUUUAAGUUUAGGUUCUGCUUUAGCAAAGUGCACUAAUCUCUCAAAUUUGAUGCUUGACCUUGGCUUCAAUAAAAUUGGUGCAAAUGGAUCAUCAGGCUUAUGUACUGCUUUAGCAAAUUGUACUAAUCUCUCAAAUUUAACACUUGUGCUUAGUGAUAAUUAAAUUGAAGCAAUUGGUGCAUCAGACUUAGGUUCUGCUUUAGUAAAGUGCACUAAUCUUACAAAUUUGAACCUUGGACUUUAUGCUAAUAGAAUUGGAGCAAUUGGUGCAUCAGGAUUAGCUACUGCUUUAGUAAAUUGCACUAAUCUCUCAAAUUUAAAACUAGAUAUUAGUUACAAUUUAAUUUAAGAUGAAGGAGCAUCGGGCUUAGGUUCUGCUUUAUCAAAGUCCACUAAUUUCUCAAAUUUAACACUUGAACUUAGGGGCAAUAAAAUUGGUGCAAUCGGUGCUUCAAGUUUAAGUUCUGCUUUAGCAAAAUGCACUAAUCUCUCAAAUUUAACACUUCUCCUUAGUACCAAUAAAAUUGGUGCAAACGGUACAUAAGGUUUAGGUAAUGCUUUAGCAAAUUGCACUAAUCUCUCAAAUUUGGCACUUGAUCUUAGUGCCAAUAAAAUUGGUGCAGCAGGUGCUUCAGGUUUAGGUUCUGCCUUAAAAAAUUUCAGUAAUCUCUCAACUUUGACACUUCGCCUAAGUGAUAAUAAAAUUGGUGCAAAUGGUGCUUCAGGAUUAGGUUCUGCUUUAGCAAAUUGCAUUAAACUCUCAAAUUUAACACUUGACCUUAGUGAUAAUUAAAUUAAUGAAAUUGCCGCAUCAGGCUUAGGUUCUGUUUUAGCAAAUUGCAUUAAUCUCUCAAAUUUGACUUUUCGUCUUAGUGAAAAAUAAAUCAAUCAAACAUAAUUAUCAUUAAAAGUAAAAAAUAAAUGCCUUAAAUCAAAAAGAUUAGUUGUUCUAAAGAUGAUAAGUAUGUGGUGAAAAAAGGAUGAAUAAAUAUUAAAUAUUUGAAUAAUAAAAUAUUUUUUGUUUUAUUAUUUUAUAUUUUGAAAUAGGAGAAUUUUACCUAAAAUAUAGAUAGAUUUUAUUAUUGUUUUAAUAUUUAUGAAUAUCAAUCAUAUUUUUGUACUUAAUAAUUAAUUAGCUUUAUAAAAAAUAAAAACAAAC